GUCCAUAGUUAUGUAACCUAGUACUAGGUAAUACGAUACAGCGAACUCUUUAACUACCUAGUACAUACAACUAAACAGUGCUCUUUAUAUCAACCCAUCUUCAUCUUACAUAAACCAACAUUGAAUCUUAAGAUUGCUUUUACUCAAAAUACCUAAUUUCAAUCAGCAAUAUUCACGGAGCUACAAUCCUAGAUCGAACUUUAUACUUUGGACGACAUGGCUACACAACCACCUUCCACAACGAUACCGAAUCUGAAGGACAAGAUUCCCAAGUUAGAGCCUCGUCGUAAGAGGCCUCAGCCUUCCAAUCCUCUUCCAGUACCAGAAACGCCUACUCUACCUCCUCCGCCAGAUACUUCAUCCCUUUCAUUCCAGGUUCCUACUCGGCGCAUCUUAUCUACUCGUGAUCAUGAGCUCUUCCUUUCCUCACCAACUCAUACGCUCGUCGUGGCAUUUGUCUUUGGCCUAUCAGAUGCCGUGAUAGACACCCCCAUCUCCGCUGUCAAAGAUGAGGACUGUAGUCCUGUUGUCAAGUCUAUUCUUCGUAUUCUAGACGAAGCAGAAGCACUAGUUCAAGCUACGCCGCCGGACGAUUCAGAGGGGUCAAGGUUCGGUAACAAGAUCUUCCGCACCUUUCUCGACAAGGUACAAGCUGCCAGUCCUUCAUGGCAUAAAAAUCUAGGCUUAACUUCUGAGGCUGCUAUCUCUGAGGUGGAGACGUAUCUUAACCACUCAUUCGGUAACCGGACUCGAAUAGACUACGGCUCAGGCCACGAGCUGAACUUCAUGAUAUGGCUACUAUGUCUAUAUCAACUACGGAUCAUAGAACGGGCCGACUUUAAAGCAUUGGUCCUCAAAGUAUUUGUGCGUUACCUUGAGCUCAUGCAGACAAUCCAGUCGACAUAUUAUCUUGAACCAGCCGGCUCACAUGGUGUCUGGGGUUUGGAUGACUACCAGUUCCUCCCGUUCUUAUUUGGUGCUAGCCAACUUCUACACCACCCCUUCAUCACACCGUUAGCCAUCCACCAGGAAUUAACGCUUGAGGAAUUUGGUCACGACUUUAUGUAUCUUGGGCAGGUGAUAUUCGUCAAUAGCACCAAGACCGUUAAAGGCCUGCGGUGGCAUAGUCCCAUGUUAGACGAUAUAUCCUCUGCCAAGAGUUGGACCAAGAUAGAAGGCGGUAUGAGGCGGAUGUUCGUAGCAGAAGUUUUACGAAAGUUACCGGUAAUGCAGCACUUCUUGUUCGGCUCACUCGUGCCUGCCGCGGAAGGCAUGAGCACCGAGGCCGAGAUCGGCAUGGCAGACGAGGCGAAUGAAGCUGAAGGGGGCGCAGUAGUCGUCGAACACGACGGGAUGAAGCAUGUUCACGCGGCCAAUAGCUGGGGUGACUGCUGUGGCAUCAAGGUUCCCAGUGCCAUCGCGGCAGCUCAAGCGGCAAGGAAGAACGGCGCUGGAGCUUCGUUACGCCGCAUACCGUUCGAUUAAACACGCCCGUUUGCUCCAAUAUACCAGGCUCUGGAGAUUGGUAACAAAAUAAAUAAUAAAAGCAAAAAUUGGCUAAAAUAUUCACAAUGACAGGGACUUCAUAGUAGGAUAUCAACUCGCGUACAGUGAGCACUCAAACACUGAGUCAACUGGCGGGACUAUCAAGAUUAGACAUAGAAAAUCAAUUAA